AACACCAGUCAACGUUGACAGGUAAACGGCGACCAUCUCCCGCCGCCUCAAAGCUACCCUUCCCCUCUCCGCCCUCAAUGCCCAAAUUAGGGUUAGGGUUAGGGUUUCCGAAAUGAGCACCUUUCACCUCCUCCUCCUCCUCUCCCUCGCCGCCGGCGCCACCACCUCCACCGCCGCCUCCGUCUCCUGCUCCGCCGGCGACAGAUGCAGCCUCGCCCUCCCUACUACACCGUCUCCCCCAACCAAAACCUAACCCUAAUCGCCUCCUUCUUCAACCUCUCCUCGCCCGACUCCAUCCUCCCCUACAACAACAACAUCAACAAGGACGUCAUCCUCCCCGGGCAGCGCAUCAACGUCCCAAUCCUCACCUGCGCCUGCAUCGAAGACUCCUUCCUCGGCCACACCUUCAGCUACACCACCGUCGGCGGAGACACCUACGAGAAGAUCGCCGGGGUUCAGUACUCGAAUCUUACGACCGCAGCGGUUCUCGCCGCGGACAACGCGAUACCGCCGAAUAGGAUCCCGACGGGGGCGGAGGUGAAGGUGACGGUGAAUUGUAGCUGCGGCGACGCGGCUGUUUCGACGGAGUACGGGUUGUUCGAGACGUACCCGAUCGCGGCUGGGGAGAACUUGAGCUCCAUUGCCAAAAAGUUUGGGGUGAAGGACUAUUUGAUCCGCAGUUACAAUCCGGGGUCUAACUUCAGCUCGGGGAUCGUGUUUGUUCCGGCGAAGGAUCAAAAUGGAAGUUACCUUCCCCUGCAAUCAAACGGAAAGAGUAAAGGACUUUCGGGAGGCGGCAUCGCUGGAAUUGUUGUAGCUGUGAUAAUUGUUCUCCUUGGAUUGGCCAGUUAUUUAUACUUUGGGGUGUAUAAGAGACAGAAGGCAAAAAAGUCCCAAUUCAUUCCAUCAUCGUUCGGAGACAAAUCAACUUCACACAGCAAUGCUGCCAUGGAUUCAGGUUCAAAGUCUCAAGAUGGCAGUGCCGCCCUACUUGGAGGUUUUACUGUAGACAGAUCAGUGGAGUUCUCUUAUGAAGAGCUUGCUAGGGCUACAAAUGACUUCAGCAUGGCUAAUAAAAUUGGUGAAGGUGGUUUUGGAGCUGUUUACUAUGCAGAGCUUAGAGGAGAGAAAGCUGCAAUAAAGAAGAUGGACAUGGAGGCCACUCGGGAAUUUCUUGCUGAACUGAAAGUUUUAACGCAUGUCCAUCACUUAAACUUGGUUCGCCUGAUAGGAUAUUGCACCGACGGUUCCUUGUUUCUUGUUUAUGAAUUCAUUGAAAAUGGGAACUUAAGCCAGCAUCUACGUGGUUCAGAAAGGGAUCCUCUGGAAUGGUCUACUAGAGUACAGAUUGCCCUUGAUUCUGCAAGGGGGUUGGAGUACAUCCAUGAGCAUACAGUGCCGGUCUAUAUCCACCGCGACAUUAAAUCCGCUAAUAUUCUUAUAGACAAAAAAUUUCAUGCAAAGGUUGCAGAUUUUGGAUUAACAAAACUUACUCAAGCUGGAGGCAUGACACAGCCAACUCGGCUUGUUGGAACAUUCGGUUACAUGCCUCCAGAGUAUGCACAAUUUGGUGACGUUUCUCCCAAGAUUGAUGUUUUUGCGUUUGGUGUUGUCCUUUAUGAGCUAAUUUCUGCAAAAGAAGCAAUAGUAAAAACAGGAGUUGGCACGGAGUCGAUGGGUUUGGUUGGUCUGUUUGAGGAUGCUCUUAACCAGCCUGAGCCAAAGGAACAUCUGAAGAAACUAGUUGAUCCAAGGCUUGGCGACAAUUACCCGAUAGACUCGGCUCAUAAGGUGGCUCUUCUCGCCAAGGCUUGCACGCAAGAGAACCCUCAGCUGACAAGCAUGAGAACCAUAGUCGUCGCGCUCAUGACAUUAUCAUCUACCACUGCAGACUGGACGCUGGCUCCUGAUAACCAUGCCUUGGUUAAUCUCAUGUCCGGUAGGUAAAUCGGCGGGGCUUCUCCCCUUUGCACAUCGUGUAACCUUUCGUAACCUACGCAGGCAUCGUUUCUUAUGAGAUACGAGUCAAUAGAAAAAUCAUUUACGCAUGUGAUCUAACCGCAAAAUUGUUGUGGGGUUGGAUGAGGUUUCCUCCCAUUUGGUCGCUCAUUUGGGGAAUGUUCUUUCGCUGGGGAGCUUGUGAUUGGGAUUGUUGUGUAAUAAAACAUUUUGUCAUUCUAGUGCCAUGUGUUAUAUAUCAAUUUUUUUUUUCGUUUUCA